AUGUCUCCAUCGGUUGCUGUUGUUGUUAGUCUUCUUCUUUCUGUAUUCAAUCCAGCUAAUUUUGCUCGUCAACUCAUUGGUACUCACAUAUUAUUUCGUCAUGGGGAACGAUCACCGACAAUGUUAUAUCCGUCGGACCCAAAUGAUUUAUCUUUUUGGUCCAAUGGACUCGGUUCGUUAACAGUCCGUGGAAAGUUUCAACAUAUUCAUCUUGGUCAAUAUUUUCGAGAACGUUAUUCAACGUUGUUGAAUUCUACUUAUGUUGCAUCAGAAAUUUUUGUCCGAAGUUCUGACUAUGAUCGAACGUUAAUGUCUGCCUAUUUAACUUUACUCGGUCUUUACCCGGCAUCAAAUAUCAAUAUCUCGAUCGAUUCUUUAGUUUCGAUUAAUACUUGGCCAGAAAAUCUUCCAUGGCAGCCCAUUCCUGUUCAUACAGUACCAAACUCAAUGGACACUUUAUUAGGUGUUAGUGAUUGCGCUCAGUAUACAGCACUAGUAAAACAAAUGAAAAAGAGUGAACGAAUUCAAAAUAUUAAUAGUCAAUUUCGAGAUUUAUUUGAAUAUCUUGAAAAAAAUACGAAGCAACCAGUAUCGGAUCUAUUUGAUGCAUGGGCUAUUUCUGAUACUGUCUUAAUCGAAAAAUCUUAUAAUAUUGCACCAUUAUGGGCCACUCCAGCUGUUAUUCACCAACUUCAAUAUAUAUCCGAUAUAGCAGCUUAUCACCUCAUGUUUAUGUCUGAAAUUAAUCGUCUACGCGGUGGUCCAUUACUACGUGAUAUAUUAGAAAAUAUUGAAGAUUUAAUAUUGAAUAAAUCGAAAAGGCGAAAAGCUAAAAUUUAUUCAGGACAUGAAACAAUAAUCGCGGCUAUUCUCUCAUUUUUGGGCAUUAAUUAUCCACAUCAACCUCCUCUCGCCAGUGCACUCUUCUUUGAUCUUUAUCGACUAGAUAACGAUUCAUAUGGUAUUCAACUCGAAUAUCUCAACAUGACCAACGGUCGGACAGCAUAUCCAAUUCAAUUACCUGGAUGUGAAAAUACUAUCUGUUCGAUAGCAACACUAAAACAAUUGCUUGAAGAUCGAUUACCAAAAGAUAUGAACGAAGAAUGUCAAAUUUAUUUAACAAAUGGUAAAUGA